UAUCCUCCGUUAGAACGGUUUGCUCAAGUGAUUUUUGGUCGCAACUUGGCUGCAUAGUCCCAGGCGCCAUCGCGCCAUAUAUUACUAGCCCAGUGCACAUAUGAGGCCCUAUGAAUGGUGGCUGUACGCGCUGCGGCGGCCAGACAUGAUGCAGGAGUGCGGCGGGUCAGAAAGCGGGUCCGAGAGCUGGGGAGAGCUGCUGACACGGGUCACUUGAGUUGCACACCCGAAGCCGGACCGAGCUGGGGGCCCCGUACGUGCCGUUCAAGUACCCUCCUUUAAGCGGGUCGACAGGGGGGGGCGCCAAAGCCAGAGGAGCAACUAUGUUUGGGCUUGGCUGUGUAAGUUGCCGCAGUG